AUGAAUAAAGAGAAUAUCCCAACUAGAGCUAGAAACCGUCCUAUGAAAAGAAAAAUAGGACAAAGAAGAAAGAAAACCUUUUUAUGGCUAUUUCGACAUAAUCAAAAACGAGGUAAAAUCAGACCUAUUACUUUGGAGAAUCCUGCUGACUACAAAUUUAAUGUCUUAAGAUUUGGAAUUUUUAGACAAAGUUCCGAUGUAAGAUCAGAGUUUUGUCCCUACAGAGGAGUUAAACAUCAAACGAUAGUAAGCCCUUCAAUUAAGUGCCUUUGUCGACAUCGUACUUUCUGUCCAACUUCUCUUUCUAUUGUCUGCAUAUUUGAUAACUUCAUAGUACAAAAUUUCGAUGUCACACCUUCUGUGGGUCGUAACAUUUAG